CUCGUGAGAAGAAGAGGCGGUCAGAGUGCGCAUGCGCAGCAUAACAACCUGUAUUCGACAUGGUGCAGGUCUCCGGGUCUGUCAGAGUCUGAUCCGGAUCUCUGGUCCAGAUGUGGUUCAGACUGCUCCUCCGGAGGCUCCGGCCGGUCAGCGGGCCGCCGGGCCUCCUUUCUGCCCGCUCAGCUCGCUCCCUCAGCGGCUGUCCUCCGGAGCUGUCCGCCGCCCGGGUCCGCAGCACUUUCCUGGACUUCUUCCGCCAGAAACACGGACACUUACUGGUUCCGUCCUCCCCGGUCCGGCCCAGAGGAGACCCCAGCCUGCUGUUCGUCAACGCCGGCAUGAACCAGUUUAAGCCGAUCCUCCUGGGGACAGUGGACCCUCGCAGUCCGAUGGCAUCGUACCGUCGAGUGGUGAACAGUCAGAAAUGCGUCAGGGCCGGAGGAAAACACAACGACCUGGAGGACGUCGGCCGAGACGAGACACACCACACCUUCUUCGAGAUGCUGGGGAACUGGUCGUUUGGAGACUACUUCAAGGAGGAGGCGUGUCGGAUGGCAUGGAGCCUCCUCACAGAGCAUUAUGGGAUACCUGCAGACAGACUGUACGUGUCGUUCUUCUCUGGAGACGCUGACAGCAGGUUACCACCUGACGACGAGACCCGGAGGAUCUGGUCAGAGAUCGGGGUCCCUCCCGGGCGCCUCCUGCCCUUCGGUCUGAAGGAGAACUUCUGGGAGAUGGGGGACUCUGGUCCCUGUGGACCCUGCACCGAGAUCCACUACGACCACGUGGGAGGACGAGAUGCCGCAAGGUUCGUCAACGCCGACAGUCCUGAUGUGGUCGAGAUCUGGAACCUGGUCUUCAUGCAGUACAACAGGGAGGUGGACCAGACUCUGCGGCUGCUGCCUCAGCUCAGCGUGGACACCGGGAUGGGACUGGAGCGGCUGGUGAGCGUCCUGCAGGGGAAGAGAUCCAACUACGACACAGACCUGUUCACGCCCCUGAUCCACGAGAUCCACCAGAGGUCAAAGGUCGGACCAUACGGCGGCAGGACGGGGGCAGCAGACCAGGGCAGGGUGGACAUGGCCUACAGGGUGGUGGCAGACCACAUUCGGACUCUGUCAGUCUGCAUCGCUGAUGGAGUCCACCCAGGCAUGUCAGGAGCCGAGUUGGUGCUGAGGAGGAUCCUGCGGCGGGCGGUGCGUUUCUGUGUCGAGGUUCUUCAGGCUCCUCAGGGAACGCUGGCCAGCCUGGUUCCUGCUGUUGCACACAGUCUGGGUGACGUGUACCCAGAGCUCCACAGCGAGGCCGACCGGGUCAUGGACGUCAUCAAUGAGAACGAGGUUCAGUUCCUGUCGUCUCUGGAGCAGGGCGGCCGGCUAAUCCACCGCACGCUCAGCAGGAUGGACUACAAACAUGCAGUCUUCCCCGCCUCGGUGGCCUGGUCUCUGCACCGGGACUUGGGUUUCCCUCUGGACCUGGUGGACCUGAUGUUGGAGGAGAGGGGGGUCCAGGUGGACCGACAGGAGCUGGACCGACUGAUCCAGAAUGACAAGGUGGUGUUGGAGCUGCAGUCAGGUGAUCGGUGUCAGGUGAUGCUGGACGUCCUCAGCCUGGCCGAGCUGCAGCGUCUCCAGGUUCCUCACACUGACGACAGCCUCAAGUACCAGUACAGACUGGACCAGGACCGAUAUGUGUUCCCAGCAUGCCGAGCAACGGUCCUGGCUCUGUAUGAAGGUCAGACUCUGGUGUCAGAGGUCAGCGAGGGUCAGCGCUGCGGCGUCAUCCUGGACCGCACCUGCUUCUACUCUGAGCAGGGGGGGCAGUCACAUGACCAGGGCUACUUCACCCGUGACGGGCUGCAGGACGUGCUGUACCCUGUGGAGGACGUGGUCCUGGCGGGGGGGUACGUGGUCCACCAGGUGACCGCAGCCGACAGUCUGAAGACCGGAGACCAGGUCCAGCUGCACCUGGACCAGGUCCACAGGUUGUCCUGUAUGGUGAAACACACGGCGACUCACAUCCUGAACUUUGCUCUGAGGUCCGUUCUGGGUCCGUCGGUCCGUCAGAGAGGAUCCCACGUCUCAGCAGAUCGACUCCGCUUCGACUUCACCGUCAAGGAGUCUCUGAGCGUGUCUCAGCUGCAGCAGGUAGAAAGGUGUGUUAAUGACGUCGUCUCAGCCAAUCAGGUCGUCCACGUCCAGGAGCUUCCUCUGCACAGAGCCAGGACAAUCAGAGGCCUGAGGAUGGUGGAUGAGGUCUAUCCUGACCCAGUACGGGUGGUAUCAGUGGAGGUCCCGGUCUCUGAGUUGCUGGACCAGAACACAGACAGACAGACGUCAGUGGAGCUCUGCUGUGGAACUCACCUGCUGCAGACCGGAGCCAUCGAGGACCUGGUGAUCGUCUCUGAGAGACAGUUAAUGAAGGGAAUCAGUCGGAUUGUCGCUGUGACAGGACGAGACGCCGCGCAGGCUCGGGAGGCGGGUCAGGUUUUGUCUCAGGAUGUGGACUCUCUGGCAGCCAGACUCACAGGCUCUGCCCCCUCCAGUCUGGAAUCCGCCCAGCGUCUCGCCAAGGAGGCAGGCGUCCUCUCUGAUGCUGUAGAUAACACCCCCCUCCCUCAGUGGCAGCGCAGAGAGCUGCAGGCCCGACUCCGAGCUCUGCAGAGGAGCAGCAACACGGCCGUCAGGAAACUAGAGACCAGAGAGGCUGCAGGUAAAGCUCAGGCUCUGCUGGAGAAGAACGGCAGGAAGCAGCUGCUGGUGGACGCGGUGGAGACGGACUCUCUGUCUGUGGUGAUGAAGACGGUGAACCAGCUGAGCUCCUCCUCUCCUCUCAGUCAUGUGAUGCUGCUCGCUCACCAGAGGUAUUCUGGGAAGGUUCUGUGUGCCUGUCAGGUUCCCAAGGACUCCCCGUCUCUCCCGGCCUCUGAUUGGGCGGUGGCCGUGUGUCGUCACCUCGGGGGGACCGCUGGGGGCUCGGCGCUGGUCGCCAAGGGAACAGGACACAGCAGUGACAUCACUGAGGCUCUGAGGUGGGCGGAGGAGUUCGCCCGCCAGAAAACACAGCAAUGAUGUCAUGAGGAGCGAUGAUGUCACAGCCGAGUGGACUGAAUGAAGCUCCACCCACAGCUGGCCUCCUCUCAUUGGACGACAGGCUCAGGUGUGAAGGUUGAUUAUUUAAACAGGUGUUUUAUAAAUGUGAACAUUUCUUUGUUUUAAAAGAAAUAAAACUCUGCUCUGGGUGA